AUGCUAACUAAGCCUCUCCUGGUUAGUUACAUCAACGGAGGGGGACGGCUCAAUGGGAUAGGGGUCAGCAAAGAAGACAUGGGGGUCGCAUAUGGCGUGUUAUAUAUGGCAAUAAUAUGUCAGCUGUGUCAAGGCACAAUCGCGGCAGCUUUGGCGAUCACUCGAAUCAGUAUCGACAAAAAUCCACAAAUGCAGACCACACGCGGGGCGGCGCCAGUGACUGGGCGGCCACAAACCAUUAGCAGACCCCUCUUCAGAGAUCUCCCGCCAAAUAACAGGGCGGGGAGGGUAAUGAGCUCCAAUUACAGAAGUGGCGGGACUCCCUCACCUCAGACGGCGCGCGGUGUGUCAGUUCCAUGA